GCUUGGUCGUCCAGCUCUGCAGGAUCGUGUUCGCCUGCCCGGACAGUGAAAUGCACCGAGCUUAUCAACCCAUUGUGCCGACCAGCAAUAAGUAUCUGCAGCUGAAAUGGGACAAGGACAAUUAUCAAAAGCAUAGAACAAAGGUGGAAAAUGCCACUGCUGUUGUAGAUACGAAAGGGCCUUGGACUCCUGCACAUAUUCAAGUCAAGUUAAAGAAACUACAGUUACAGGAAGAACGCUUGGCUGCCAUAACAAGAGACAAUCAGAUCCUUUCCUCCAAGUUAGCUGAUAUCAUGAGAUCCAAUGGGACAGUGGAGAACUGGAAUAACUACGUAGCUAAAAGUCUUAAUGCGGAGGAGCGCCACAGGAGGUUCGCGCAGAUAACGCACGAGAACCAAGCCCUUCUACAGCGCAUUGUGCACUGCGAGUCGGAGUACAAGCAGAGCAAGCUGAAGGAGGAAUGGGAGAGAGCGAAGAGGGUGCAAAAUAAUAUUGCCCGGUACCCGCGUGGGACGAAGACUGAGCAGAAAACUGGGAAGAAACUGCACCUGGGAGUCGCCAAGAAUAGCGAAACUGCCCGGUUCGAAUAAACUGGCAAGGACCAGGUGACGUCAGCGGCAUGGCAACCAAUAAAAGUAGGGCUUCAGGCUCCGCCCCCUUCUCACAUCGAUUGCGUGUCGAAAUCUAUCCCCAGGACUUUCCACGGAUAUCCUGACGUGUUUUCUAAUUGACAUCCUACAGAUACAUUUCCUCCUUCCACUUCCUUUCCAAGUUAUGUUAAAGGAGCUUCUAUCCAGAAGCAGAUUCACGUGGAUCAGCCAGUCAAUAGUCAGGUCGAAAGCAGAUGGGAAUCGGGUUUGUAACGCCCCUGGUUUUAACAUUCUCCAAAGGAGUUAUUGCCUGUUUUUGCACGGAGAAAGAUGGUUGAAUGAGGUGAUAUUGUACAUCGGAGUCACCAGAAUCUCUGUCCUCUACUAGUCUCCCUUCCACAAUAUUUUUCACAGCUCGGAGACCCUGAGUAAAAUCAUGCAAAGCUCAUCAGUAUUGCUGGUCUUUCCUGGCUUAUGAUCAACAGAACACAUACCUGUUAACAACAAGCCGUGACAAUAUUAAUUACGUUUCAAUUAAGCUACUUUUGUUUGAUUGACAUUAUUAUUGGUAUCUCCACGGGUGGCUAAUUUUCCAAUUACAUGAUAUUAUUGGCUGUUACCUUUGCCACUUCAAUCAAAAGCAGGAACAAUUUGAAAUGCCUCUCAGCCCUUGCAGCUGACUGACCAUAACCGACCAAGGUUAUGAAACACUAUUCCUUGAUUGCAGAUUUACCAAGGUUCCAGGUCCACAAUGAGCUUGAGUUUUAAAACUUGUUAUAAAAUCCUCCUUGUGCCCAUGACAUGAAUAAAGUUAUGGC